AUGCGGGCAGAGCUAGGAAUGGCCCAGACUCUGCACAAAUGUGGACUGGAUGCCCAGAUGCCAGGAAAGUGCUGCAUUUUCUCCACAGCCAAGGAAAAGAUAUUUACUCACCAAAGACCCUUACAAGCCACAUCAAGAAAACAUCUUAUUUAUUCUGAGCUUAUCGAGUGCCUCCUCAACAGCACACUCCAGAUAGUGUGCUACACGUGUGGAUUCAAGGGACUGAACGGGCUGUGCGGCGAAUUUCCACUUAAUUGUGACCUUCCAGUUGCUGUCAGAGUAGUGGGAGGUUUUUCAAAACUAAGGACUGAUAACUGGAAAUUGUUAGAGCAAGUUCGUCGUGUUAAAUCGGUGCAGCUACAUGUGGACAGAACAGAAAAUCAGGCCAUUUAUGCCUCCUUUUGGAAAAGGAGAAUUUACUGGAAUGAUGCAUGUAGAUUAGAACCAGAACCAGAACGCAAACAAGAACAAAAACUGGCUGCUCGUUGUGCAUCUGCUCUUCUCUCACUUUUGGGUUUGGACAGAGGAUCCAAAGGCCAAAUUUCCACUUUCAGCAGUUUUAUUUCAACUGUUAGCCAGAAGAAAGAAGCCACUGAAAACAGAAGUUCACCUACACAUCUUGUUUUCCCUAACAUCAGGAAUGUGAGAGACCUACCACCAAUUUGCCUUGAUGUUAGACAAAAACAACGUAUCUCUACAGAUUCAUUAUCAUCCGAAAUGAAAGCCCCAGUUCUUCCAGAACCUGUCCUUCCUAUUCAGCCCAAAACUAUGAAAGACUUUCAGGAAGAUGUAGAAAAAGUUAAGUCAUCAGGAGACUGGAAAGCAGUAUAUGAUUUUUAUCUAACAACAUUUGAUUCUUUCCCAGAACUAAAUGCUGCAUUUAAGAAAGAUGCCACCACCUCAUUUAAUACCACUGAAGACUCUGGGAUUAAUGCUAAAUUUGUGAAUGCUGUAUAUGAUGCCUUACUUAAUACUCCUCAAGACAUUCAGAAGACAGUAUUAAAGGGAAUCAUUAACAGCCUGUUACGAGAAUGGAAAGGCCCACGAACAAAAGAUGAUCUUAGAGCAUAUUUUAUACUUUUACAGAAUCCUCAAUUUAAUAACACAUCUACGUAUGUCAUCUAUGCUCACUUGCUUCGACAGAUAGCUACCUUAGUGGAAGCUGACCAUCAUUUCCUAGUUCACUGGUUUAAAAAAUUAUCCCAGAAGAGGUUCAAACAAUUGGUAGAGAGAUUGCUGCAAUUUAUUUCUUUACGCCUGUUUCCUGCAAAGCCUGAAGAAUUUCCACCUAUAACAAAGUGUUCCUGGUGGAUCCCAUCAGCAUCUAAAGUGUUGGCUUUACUUAAUACUGCAAACAGUUUGGCUCACCCUCCCCUUAUUCCUUAUACUGAUUUCUAUAACUCUACAUUGGAUCACAUUGAUCUCAUGGAAGAAUACCACACCUGGCAGAGCUUUGGAAACUCUCACAGGUUUUCCUUCUGUCAGUACCCAUUCGUUAUUUCUAUAGCUGCAAAAAAAAUCAUCAUUCAAAGAGACUCAGAACAACAGAUGAUAAGCAUUGCAAGGCAAAGUCUGGUGGAUAAAGUAUCUCGAAGACAGAGACCUGAUAUGAAUAUGUUAUUUCUAAAUAUGAAAGUAAGGAGGACACAUCUGGUUAGCGAUUCUCUUGAUGAGUUAACCCGGAAAAGAGCAGACUUGAAAAAGAAAUUGAAAGUUACAUUUGUAGGUGAAGCUGGUUUGGAUAUGGGUGGUCUGACUAAGGAAUGGUUCCUUCUUCUUAUUCGCCAAAUUUUUCAUCCAGAUUAUGGCAUGUUUACAUAUCACAAGGAUUCACACUGCCAUUGGUUUAGCAGCUUUAAAUGUGAUAACUAUUCUGAAUUCCGAUUGGUUGGAAUUCUUAUGGGACUAGCUGUUUAUAACAGCAUUACCUUGGAUAUUCGUUUCCCCCCCUGCUGUUACAAGAAAUUGUUGAGCCCUCCCAUCAUUCCUAGUGAUCAAAAUACACCAGUAGGCAUCUGCAGCAUUACCACUGAUGACUUAUGUCAAAUUAUGCCUGAGUUGGCCCAUGGACUAAGUGAACUCCUGGCAUAUGAAGGCAAUGUUGAAGAAGAUUUCUAUUCAACAUUCCAGGUUUUUCAAGAAGAAUUUGGAAUAAUUAAGUCCUAUAAUUUAAAGCCAGGUGGUGAUAAAAUUCCAGUUACCAAUCAAAAUAGGAAAGAAUAUGUACAGCUUUAUAUUGACUUUCUUCUCAACAAAUCCAUCUAUAAGCAGUUUGCUGCAUUUUAUUAUGGAUUUCAUAGUGUGUGUGCUUCAAAUGCCCUUAUGCUGCUUCGUCCAGAAGAGGUUGAAAUUCUGGUCUGUGGAAGUCCUGAACUGGAUAUGCAUGCACUGCAGAGAAGUACUCAGUAUGAUGGCUAUGCAAAAACUGACUUGACUAUAAGAUACUUUUGGGAUGUUGUGCUUGGAUUUCCUCUUGAUCUUCAAAAGAAGUUGCUACAUUUUACUACAGGAAGUGACAGAGUACCUGUAGGAGGAAUGGCUGAUUUGAACUUUAAAAUCUCAAAGAAUGAAACUUCUACUAAUUGGUUGCCUGUGGCCCAUACCUGCUUCAAUCAACUUUGCCUUCCCCCCUACAAGAGCAAAAAGGACCUGAAACAGAAAUUGAUCAUUGGAAUUUCAAAUUCAGAAGGUUUUGGACUUGAGUAACCUAGAAGACUUGAAAUAUAUUUUAUAUGUAGCAUUCACUUCCCUCUUAUUGUGCCUUUAACCUUUUCAUGUUUUCGUCUCAAAACAUCUUGACAAAGCUCGCCAACUUUAAAAUACUGAUUUUUUAAAAAUCAAAUAUGAAGUAUGUUUAGUGGAGCCAUACGAUUUUCUAAAAACACAGACAUAGCUUGAGUGGGGAAAAGACCAGAUGGCAGAGACAGGUGUGGGUUCAGUCCCUCUUUUUAAUAGCACUUUAUCAUUCUCCAUAAGUAGUUUCUCACAGGUAUUCCACUGGGAAAGCAAUGUGUAGUAAAGAAUGCAGUGAUGACAUAGUAGAACCCAGUGACAGAUUGUGUGCUGCUAGCACAGGGUAGCAACACAGAUAGCUACAUUAUCAUUAAUGUAAGGCAUGUAGCCAUAUUUUCAUAUAAAGGUAAACAGCAAUUGCAAAUGCAGUUUACAGGUUGGUUUUUUGUGUUUUGUUUUUUGUUUUUUUGUUAUACUGGCUUUGGUCCUAUAAGAUUUUCAACUGUUGCUGAAAAGCAUGUAAAUAUCUACAUAAUAGCUUGAGAAUAAUGGGAUUUUGAUAGUGCCAUUUAUUGCUAAAGAUUUAUUUUUACAAAGUAAAUUCAGGGUUUUAGAUGUGUAUACAGUUUUACAAAUCAAUAAAGAUGAUUGUACAAGAGUGUAACUAUUUUCAGACUAAUUGGAUUCAAGGUUCUAUUCUUUUAAGUAUUGUUAGUCUGCAUGCACAUUGGCAGUAAACUAGUUAUUUUGAGUACUCUAAUAUUUGUAAAAUGAUCAUUUCUUCUUAAGGGUCGAGAUAUUAGAAAGGAAAUCAGAUAACUAAUCAUUGAUAAACUAAGUCAAUUACAAGCACAAAAGAACUGUUUUUAUAUAUACUUUGAUUGAUGUACAAGGCUUAUUUCUAAUAUUUUUUGAUCACCAGUUGUACUGAAACACUAAUUUUUAGAAAAGGUUAGGAUAAGAUAUUUGACAAAAGUGAAUACAAUAACUUUUGUGUCAAAAUGACAUAGCUUGGUAUAAAAAUCAAGUUCAACAUUUUGAUCAAAAUGUUUGCUUUUCACUGGAUUCUGAAUAUAGUAAAUUCAAAAGUACUCUUUUUGGAGUUUCUAAUAAAGUAGCAUGUAAAAAGAAACUGCAUUUUAAGUCAGACAGUAAAUGGUUUUCUGUUUAAUUUACAGCAAAUGAAGCAGUUUUAUUAGCAUGUUAGAAAUAUUUCCAGAUCAAGACUUCUCUAUUAUACUUGGAUAGUUUUCCUUCAGAAAACUCUGAAGAUAUAUUUGCAAUAAUAAUGAAGCCAGCAUUUAGUACCAGCAUAUGGUUCACAUGCAAAUAAUACUUUCCCGCAAUUUUUUCUGAGCUACACUAUUUUCUCAUUGCUAUAUGCUUCCUGCACCCAACCAGCAGAAUUCUUUUGGGGUGAAGGAACUAAUCAGCUUGUUUUCCUGCAGUUCUGAAGCCAGCCUGUGAAUCUUUAAGGAAAAAGAAUUCCUACUUGAUUUACUAUCUUCUUUGAGACAGAAGUGACUCUGCUUUUCUAUUUGGAUAUACUAUUUAAAGGAUUUUCUUCUUAAAAAUCUUGGAACGCCUAAGAGAGUUAAAGUCAUGUUGGUUUCAUUUUGUUUGCUCUGUUUUUAAUCCGUAUGCAAAUAAAACUGCUUCUCUCUUACACUGCUUGAACUAGAAAGUAAGAUGUUUAAUGUAGGUUACUACUAACUAAUAAGCACAAAAGAAUCAUGUAUAAGAAACCAGAUUUAAGUGUUUUAAAUAAAAUGUAAAGUUUUUAUUUGGUAGAGAUGGAAAAAAUUGUAUUGGCUUGGUCUGCAUGUUUAAUGAUGUGCUUGUAUAUCGAUAGUUAUGUCGCUUUUAAAAGUACCAAGCAAGCCAGAUUUCUAAAUGACAAAGUCCAUAAAUAACUGGAAAAUUUUUGUUGUCUGUUAUUAAGUUGAAAUUUAUAAUCAUCUAUCACUUAAGCACAUUGCCUUUAUUUAUUUAUGCUCUGUUUUUGGUUUACAGUGUAAUAAUACCUCAUUUUUUAAAAAAUAAAAACUACUGUUAUAUUUCAUUGAUUUAAACAGCUAGAAAAUUCAUGUAGUUGCUUUUUUAAUAUAACCUGUUAAUGAAUUCUUGAUUUUUGUAUCACCACAGUAAAUUAAAGCAUUACACAGUAUUUAUCAGUAUUUACAAAAUGUCCUGUCCUUUUUUAAUCUUUGCUUAAUCAUAUUUUUGUCUGUAUGAUCAGGAGUUUUUAACAGUCCCUGUUUUUUGUACAAAUCUGUAUUGUAUUAAAUUGUUAAUUUCUGGAUAAAAUUUUUCAAAUAUUAAAGUUAUACAAUCAGUCGGGUUUCAGUUUAUUUUCUGAACAUAAAGCAGUUAAUUAAAACCAUAAAUUUAAAAUACCUUA